AUGGACGUGAUAAAGACGCAGCAAAUAUCAUCUCGACCAAUCGAGAAGGUCGUGGUUCAUCCGCUCGUGCUUCUUAGUAUCGUCGACAACUACAACAGAGUGGCCAAGGACACGCGUAAGCGCGUUGUCGGCGUUUUGCUCGGUUCCACUUUCAAAGGCACCGUCGACGUUACCAACAGCUACGCCGGUUUGGAUCUGUCUUUCUCUUUUGUCCAUUGCCGCAUUCCUUUACUCAAUCGUUAUUGGAGUUGUUGCGAGGAUUUAUGCCCUAAUUUUAUCGCGGUAAUAGAUAAUUGUUUGCCGUUUGAAGAAGAUGACAAGGAUCCCAGCAUCUGGUUUCUUGAUCACAAUUACCAUGAAUCAAUGUUUUCCAUGUUUAAAAGAAUAAAUGCAAAGGAGCAUGUUGUGGGGUGGUACAGCACUGGUCCAAAGCUGCGUGAAAAUGACCUUGACAUUCAUGGCUUAUUUAAUGACUAUGUUCCUAAUCCUGUUCUGGUUAUUAUUGAUGUUGAACCCAAGGAAUUGGGAAUCCCAACAAAAGCAUAUUAUGCCGUGGAAGAAGUCAAAGAGAAUGCCACCCAAAAAAGUCAAAAGGUUUUUGUUCAUGUGCCAUCAGAGAUUGCAGCUCAUGAAGUUGAAGAAAUAGGAGUGGAACAUUUGCUUAGAGAUGUGAAGGAUACAACCAUUAGCACCCUUGCAACAGAGGUAAGUGCAAAACUUACAGCCUUGAAGGGUUUGGAUGCAAGACUUAAAGAGAUAAGGAGUUACCUUGACCUUGUUAUUGAUGGAAAGCUUCCAUUAAACCAUGAAAUCCUGUACCAUCUGCAGGACGUGUUUAACCUGCUACCCAAUCUUAAUGUUGCUGAUCUUAUCAAGGCGUUUGCAGUUAAAACAAAUGAUAUGAUGCUGGUCAUAUACUUGUCGUCUCUCAUUAGAAGUGUAAUUGCACUCCACAACUUGAUUAACAACAAGAUGCUCAACAAAGAGCAUGAACGAGCAGAAGACUCGAAAACGGUUGCAGUGCCGAGUGCAGCUGCAUAA